CGCCGAGCCCGCGCCGAGCGGGAGCCGGAGCCGAGCGCGGGCAGCGCGGGAAGGCAGCGGUCUCGGCGGCCCGGGACGCACACCCCCGCCGGGCACGGAGAAGCUGGGGACCACGCGCGAGCAGGAGCGGCAUCCAGGGCGCGGGUAACCACCCGGGUCCGAGGGGAGCACGGGAAAGGCGCCCACCGCCGCUCACCCCCGCGCGCUGCAGACCGAGACGCCCACCGGUGCGGGGUCGGUGGAGGAGCCCGCGGCCGAAGCGCCCGGGUGGGGAUCGGAGGGAGCGCGACCCCUGCGGGCGCGGAGGAGCCGCGGCGCCCGGCCAUGCGCGGACCGCUGUAGCCGGCGGCGCGGGCCCGAUGGAGCGGGCUGGGGCGCGGGGACCGAGCGGUGGCCGCCGCCCGCCAGGGCUCCGGCUCCGGCUGGCACUCGCGCUCCGCCUGGCGCUGCUGCUGGCGCGGCCGCCGUCGGGCCGCUCGGGAGCCCCCGAGGCGCAGGAGCCAGCGGCGCCCAGCACGGCGACCCCGCCGGGGGGCGACCGCUGCCGCGGCUACUACGACGUGAUGGGCCAGUGGGACCCGCCCUUCAACUGCAGCUCGGGCGCCUACAGCUUCUGCUGCGGCACGUGCGGCUACCGCUUCUGCUGCCACGACGGGCCGCGCCGCCUGGACCAGAGCCGCUGCUCCAACUACGACACGCCCGCCUGGGUGCAGACCGGACGCCCGCCGGCCCGCGCCCGCGACGCCGCCCCGCCCCGGGACCCCGCUCGCGAGCGCAGUCACACGGCCGUCUACGCGGUGUGCGGUGUCGCCGCGCUGCUCGUGCUGGUCGGCAUCGGGGUGCGCCUGGGCCUGGAGAGGGCGCACAGCCCGCGCGCGAGACGCACGGUGACCAGGACACUGACAGAACUUCUGAAGCAGCCGGGGCCCCAGGAACCUCUGCCCCCACCUCUGGGCCCACCCCUGGGUAGCUGUGUCCAAGUGCAGAUGGGCGAUGGCCUUCCCCGGGGGUCCCCCCACAACAGCACAGACGUGAAAUGCCUCAACAACGCAACCCUGGGCUCCACCACCCCGGGGCCCCCACGUGGUCCCCGGCUGCUGAGCGGCGGCAGCGUGACACUGCAGCCAGACUACGCCAAGUUUGCAACCCUCAAGGCUGCUGCGCUGAAGGCCACAGAGGCCACGCCCCAGGACUUCUACCAGCGUUUCCCUGCAGCCUCUGAGCCGACUCCGCGGCCUCUCCCGGCGCGAGCCCCGCGGCCCCUGGAGGACCUGCCCUCGCUGCUCGACGCCUGCCCCUGGGCUCCACCGGGGUAUGCACCUCCCGCCUGCCCCACUCCGCCGGCGCCCUACGCGGCAUGGACCGCCCGCCGGCCUGCCCCGCGCGGCCCCUCAGCCACCCAGGCCUCGCCUGCUGCCCGGCGGCCCGGCCGCGCGCCCCGACACCAAUUCAGCGUGGAGAAGCUGCCCGAGGCUUUCAGCUCACAGCAGAUUCCCGGUCUGUACGGCGGUGCUGGCCGCGGGCCCCGACACCUGAGCACCAACAGCAAGGCUGAGGUCACCGUGUGAGGCAUGGCUCCCCCGGACCCUCGAUGCUCUCGAGGGCCAGGAGCACGGUCCUGUGCCCAGACUGGACUGUGCCCAGUCAGUUGUUCUGGCCUUGCGGCCACGCCAGUCUCAUUCCCGUGUAAAUAAACCCUUCCGUGGUUUCUGCCCCAA